UAAAUUAAAUUUCGGGACCCAUCAUGCAGUCUGAAACUGUUAGUCUGGUCUGGGUUACACGAAGCCCACCGAAUUUGAAACCGAAAACAUUAGCUUAGCUCAUGUUAGCUUAGCGGGCCAAUCAUUAACCUGCUGUCUGUCAAAUCUAUCCAUUUAGCACAAUAAUCCACAAAAACAUGGGGAAGUUAGCUGCUUUUAUACCCGUUUUAACUCUUUUGUGUGCUUCAUGGCAACGUGCAGAGGGAAACAAAGGAUAUUCAUACGCAGAUUGCACCUAUGUGAAAGGAGACAGUGCCCACGAGUAUUCUGGGAGUCAAUGCUUCUGUUACAGCCCUGGUACAGAAAUCGAAUGGAAGGACUUCUGGUCCACCUUCAAGGUAAAUGUGACAAGUGAUGAGGACAUCUUUGUCGUGUUUCCAGUGGAGACCAGAAAUUGCCAUCAUCCGGAUGAUCUUCUCACAGUUACUAACUGCUUUGUUGAACGCUACUGGCCACCCACUAUCCAAAGGGAGAAGUCUUUGGACAUUUCACUGGUUGAUGAAGAUGUCUGCUUCAUGACCAAAUCGCCUAGAAGCAAUACUAAGUAUACACUACACGUCUCCAACAAAAGGUUAAAUAGAAUGUGCUUCCUGCUUUUUGUGUGUGGUCUGGUGCUGUUUUUUGGAGCGGGAAACAUAUGCAGGAGCUCACUGUUUUUCUACACCACUGGAGUUACAUUGGGAGUCGUCGGCAUAUUUGUUUUCCUGACGCUUGUUCUCAGAAACUUCGUACCAACACGUGGGCUGUUCCUGGUGUUGUUGGGCGCUGGCUCUGGUCUGUCCUACAUGGGGAUCCAGAGGGUGAUAAAUGAAUGGGAUGACAUCGUGACUGAGCACUGGAUGGAAUUACUGGUUUAUGUGCUCAUUUCGGGGUUAGUUAGCUUUGCUGUAUGCUAUAAACACGGCCCCAUCACCAACAAACACACCCUCAACUUUAUGACCUGGGGUAUGCAAGUAGUGAGCAUGGUUUUGCUGUACUAUGGGAUUACUAUCCCCCCUGCCUACUACGUACUGAUCAUGUUGCUGUUGUGCUGGAAGAUUCUGCCCUUGGCCUGGAGCCUUCUGAUGUGGAUUUGCAGUCUCUUUUACUCAUUCCUGGGCUUGUUCCGGAGGAAGAAACGGCCCAAGCUCAGGCUACUGACUGAGGAGGAGUACAGAGAGCAGGGAGAGAUCCACACCAGAGCCUCCCUGGAAGUAUUACAGGAGCACUGUAACAAGUCUGGCUUUCCUGCAUGGGACACUGUGUUGAGGCUCAGAUCACCGCAAAAGUUUGCAGAGUUUCUGCGCAAUGGCAGUCACGUCACUCAAGAGGAGCUUCAGAAUCAUGAGAAUCAGUACGGGCUUGGUGGGGAAUAUUACGAAAACAUGCUCUUCAACAGCAGCUCCAGUGACACCCAGUCGCACAGAGGAGAAGCAGAGGACAAUAGCGAAGAUGAGCGGGAUAGUAACAGUCCUCCAACCCUAAAUAAUGUCCCCAGUCCUGCUGUAUAUACUGUAUAUACUCCAGCUGUCUGCCAGUAUCCCCCUGUCACCUACACCCCUCAGCCAGAACCCAUGGAUCCAGAAGACCAGGACUUCUUUUAAAAUUGUCCUGUUGUCAAUUUUGUCAUGUUAAUUUUAAAGAGACUUUUUGAAACGCUAAACAUUUUUAGGAAGGAAUGACUUGAAGGAACAUUAGUAGGUCCAUAAGGAUUGUAAAAAUAAUCUUUCUUUCUCAUUUGUGUUUAAAUGAUGUCUUUCAGACAGAGUGGGCUGCUACUAUUAUAUAUUUUUUUUAGCAGGAGUUUGUAUUCUCGUACCCAAGUGAUGCAGAGCUGGGAAUAACACUUUUUUUGUACAUACUGUAUGUUAAUAGUGUGUGUGAAUAGAUAGUGACUGUGCUGCUCUCAGGUAUAUCAGAUCAUCAGGACAUCAUUGCAGUUUGCUAAUACAUUUGCCUCAACACAUACAGUCCCACAGCAUUUAUGUAAUUGAAGGAAACAGUGCACUCUAGUGUUGGUUAAAGGAACAGUUCACUUAUAAAUGCAAAUUGUGUCUGGUUUACUCACGCUCAUCUUAAUCCAAACCUCUCUGUCUUCCUUGGAACACAUAGAGGAAGUUUAGCGGGAUCUCCAAAUUGCUCUUUAUCAUAUAGUUAAACUAAACGAGGACAUACGGUUUCCAAAAGUUUCAAAACUGCACAUCUAAGCAUCAGCUAAAUCACUGAAUGUUUUUUUUUUUGCCUUCCACUUGAUAUCUAUUAAUCAUCAAGUUUCUUUAGUGCUUGGGUGUCCAGUCCUGGUCUUGGAGGGCCGACAUCCUGCAGAUUUUAUUUCCAAUUUUUACCUACCUGGAAGAUUCUAGUAAUCCUUAAGACCUUGAUUACUUUAGUUCAGCUGUGCUUAAUUGAGGUUGAAGCCAAAAUCAGCAGGACUGGACAUCCCUGCUUUAGAGGCUCUGUAGAAUUUUCAUGUUAGUGUGAACCAUCCCUUCAAAAUGAAUCAACUCAUUGUGUAUGUUCUGCAUCAUCUCAUGUGGGUUUACACAUCUACAUGCUGGCAUUUCAUAUUCUUUCCUUUUUAUUGAACUUUUAUCUGAAGAAAGAAUGUAUGUUUUAAAAAAAAACAUUUCAUUUUAAGUGUUUACAGCCUUUUAUAUUGCCAUUUAAUUAAAUUAAAAAAAGACAAAUGGCUAAA